UGCGUUAAUAUCCAGACCCCUGCGCUUCGAACCAGCCCCUCACUUUGCCCUUGGCGCUUCAUCAUCUAUUACUCAUAUUAGUCUCUCAUUAAGCUUUACACAAUACACAAUCGCUUACGUCUUCGUUGCUCCUUAUCUACGAGGUCAAUAGCAAUGACUCUGCGCAAGAUUCCUGUCACAAGCGAGGCAAAGCUUCAGACGCGCGCUCCGGAACUCGGCAUCACAGAUGCAGGUUCUGAGCCGGAUCUCAUCAAGCCGUGGAAACUUCCCCCUCCAAAGAUAUACGUAUUUAAAAAUGCGAAUGUCGUGGAUGCAGCAAAUGGACAUAUUGUCCCAUACCAGACUGUCCGGAUAUCAGAUGGACUCAUCCAGAAGGUUGACGAUGGUAAUAGCGCGCACUUAUUUUCUGGCGACGCCAUUGAGAUAGACUUGGCAGGCAAAUAUCUCUGCCCUGGGCUCAUCGACUGCCAUGCCCAUCUAUCUUCUGUGCCUGGGGAGGAGGGUCUUGCAGCGGCUGCUAAUCAUGCCGACGCUGCUGUAUCUUUACUGCGCCAGCCAUACAUGGCCGCUCAAGUCCUAUACCGAGGCUUCACUACAAUGAGAGAUACCGGAGGUGCAACGCUGGCUCUUAAAGAGGCUAUAGCGGAUGACGUGUUCCAUGGGCCGCGGCUUUUUAUUGCUAAUAGAGCGCUCUCGCAGACUGGAGGCCACGGUGAUUCGAGAUCUGCCCAUGAGAGCUGCUGCGGAGCAAUAGCUUCGCUUUCCACUCUCGUCGAUGGUGUCCCAGCCGCGAUAUAUGCUGCUCGAGAGCAGAUUCGCACGGGAGCAGAUUUCAUCAAGAUCAUGGCGAGUGGAGGCGUUGCAUCCCCUACAGAUAGAAUUGAUCACAUCCAGUUUACUGCUGCUGAGAUCCGGGCGAUUACCGAGGUUGCGGACACUUACAAUACCUACGUGACUGCUCAUGCUUACACUCCUCGAUCGAUCAGACAUGCCGUCGACAACGGUGUCAAGGGAAUCGAGCAUGGCAAUCUGAUUGACAAAGAGACUGCAGAAUACAUGGCCAAGAACAAUGUAUGGUUCACUCCGACGCUUGUCACCUACCACGCCAUGGGCUCUGACAAGUAUGCCGGCUUCCUACCUCCUGCAAACCGCGAGAAGAACCGCCAGGUGCUGGAGCAGGGACUUCAAUCUCUGCGCUUGGCAGACGAAGCUGGAGUUACUAUAUGCCACGGCUCCGACCUCCUCGGACCUCUGUGGGCCGAACAGAGCAAAGAAUUCGGUAUUCGAGCACAGGCUCUUAGUGCCACGAAGAUUCUCCAGGGGGCCACCGUAAAUGCGGCGAGAAUGCUGAAGCAAGAAAACUUCUUGGGCCAGAUAAAGGAGGGAUUUGCGGCAGAUGUAUUGGUGCUGAAUGGCAAUCCGCUUGAGGAUAUCACAAUUCUAGAUGAGCCGGAGAAGAAUAUUCUGGCCGUGUUGAAGAAUGGACGGGUGUAUAAGAGCAGGUGGACGAAGCUGCCGGAUGACGUUACUCGGGCCCAGACGCUGAUUGAGUGAUUCAUGCAUGGUUAAAAAAGAAAUCCAAUACAUGAUUAAUCGUAGAAAUGAUUUAUGAGUUGUAACUACAUAUGUAUGUAUCUUGGGCAAGCGGGUUACAGUACGAUCACCGUGUGGAGAUGGCAG